GAGCGCUUCACAGCCCGCGAAUGGAAGCAAGAGUCAUGUCUUGUUCCAAACAGGAAUUUGUGUUGAUAUCGCGUUGCUUUCGGUUUUCCGUGUAGUAUUUAGCUAGUUUUCAGCACUUUGCUUUUCUGCCUUUUGCGACCUGGUGCAGCAGUAAAUAUGAGCAGGUACUGGGACGCAUGAUGGCUUUGGGUUUCUGAACAAUCACAGCCUUUACGGACAUUCAUGUUGCCCGGGUGGACGACAUUUCCCCUGGUAAUGUCGCUUCUGUACUCAUGUUCAUCUGUCUGCCAACAAACUCAAAGCACAUCAUUUCAAUGAGAGGAGCAUACUGAGCCACACAACAAUGAGAGGGAGACCUCGUAAAAUAAGGAAAAGUGACUCCAAAGAGUCACCCGGCUUUAAUAAGGUCCUAUCUCCUCCAGCUGCAGAAGUGUGCAUUUUCGAUAAUAUCUCCAAUCUCGGCUUGCCUGCUUUAGAAUCUGAACCAAUUACACCCAAGAGAUGCAAGGGACGAAGGAGACGGACACAAGAAGCCAUAAGUGUGACUUCACCGCCUGUGCACUGCUCCUCCACAUCCAACAUUUCACUCUCCUCCCCCAGAGCUGAUGAAGAGCCGCUGGAGUACGCUGAAUUUACCACUCAAUCAAAGACUCCAGAGGACGAUCCUCCAUGCCACAAAGCGAAACCUCAAAAAAGAAAGUCUCGAACUUCUCAGCCAAAGCAAGUGAGACAAAGAGGAGCCGUGGCGCAAACCCAGAAAAACGGGACUCCAACGAAGCGUCGGCGUGGCAGGACGCGGAAGAACAUGACUGGAGAUGCAAAGGGAAAAGGCACUCAGCCAUCCAAACACUUGAGGCCGAAGUUUGAGCUGCAGAAGCCWGACGCAGCUGAACAAGAUGACUCUUUGCUGUCUUCAGAUCUUUCAAUCGAACUGAAUCAUGAUGAGGAACAGCUGCCCUCUCUGCCCUUACAAGAAAAUGAGAGUGAAGAUGAGGAGGAGGAAGAUCUGCCRAGUUUCCUGAUGCAGAAAAACAAUAAACCUCCAUCGAUCACAGAAGGAGCGUUUGUGUGGGGCAGAUGUAGAAACUAUCCAUACUGGCCAGCAUUGGUAAAAAAUGUGAACCGAAGACAGAAGAAAGCAAGCGUCAUGUUUGUUGACCAGGCGUUCACCGGCAUUCAGAAACAAAAGGGGUUCACGUUGCCUCUGAGAACCUUGAAACCGUUUGACUGCGAAGAGGCAGAUGAGCUGAUGCAAAAAGCCAAAGAGUCAUAUGAGGCUGCUAUUACAUGGUCCUUGGAGUUCAUAGAAGACUACAGGAUGCGUAUUGCAUGCGGCUCAUUUUCCGGCUCYUUYAUUGAGUAUUGUAAUCAUGACAUGAGCUAUCCGGUGAGGAGGAAGUAUCCGCAGGCUGCCUCAGAGAGACUAACAAUCACCAGUGAUGUCGUAACGGAGGAACCGUGUGAACAUCACCAGGAGGGCAGCGUUGGCGAGAAGCACAAAGACGUUUCCACCUGCUCCAAGAGGCUGCUGCCGGACCGAACUCAUGCUGCCCACAACCGAGCCAACGAGAAGCUGGUUCAUUUCAUUGUCAAGCAGCGGAUGGUGGAGAAACGUCUCCUGGCCGUGAUCCGAGGGCAGCAGGAGUCCAGAUGGCUCCGCUCUUUUCUGAGUGCCAACAGACGGAGAGUGGUGAACAUUUACCUGGAGGACGACCAGCAGCUGGAUCAGGUGUACUGGUACCUCAACGAGCUCUACGCCAAAGCAGUGCCCAAAUCCCCUCGCCUCGCCGACGUGAAGUCGAUGGAGCGCGUCCCUUUUGUCCUAGAUGUGCUUCUGCCGGAGGCUAUCAUUUAUGCCAUUGCUGGGGUGGACAACGUUUCGGUCAAAAAGGCAGAGGAGAAGUACCUGAAAGGGCGAUGCAUUAGCAACAGAGAAAGGCAAGAGUUUGACCUGAUGAUUGAACGGCAGAUGUGGAGGAAGUCACAGCUUCAGAAUACAGGACUUGAAUUAUUUUCUGACUCUAUCAGUUAAAACAGAUGCCUUUUUUUUUUACGUUUUUUUUUUUUAUUACUAUCCGAAAUAUAAAAAAAACUUGCCCCUCAAAACAUUACGACUUCUUUAAUAUCCUUUACAUUUUAAGCAAGUAAGUCUUUUUUUUAUUAUUAUUUUUUUACACUUUUAAUUU